AUGCCUGGCGUUACAGCUCCAACAAGAGGACAAGUGUUGUCGUUAUACAAACAAUUUAUCAAGAAUUCCAACCAGUUCAAUAAUUACAACUUUAGACAGUACUUUCUUAGAAGAACAAGGGACACUUUCAGGGAAAAUGUGAACCAAAAAGAUCCGAAAGUGCUAAUGAAUCUAUUCAAGGACGCGAAGAACGAAUUGGGUGUCUUGAAAAGACAGUCAGUCAUUUCCCAAAUGUAUACCUUCGAUAGACUGGUUGUGGAACCGUUGAAAGGAAGGAAACACUAA